AUCUUAAAACAUAAUACAAAAAUUAAAAAUACAUUAAAAAAAUCUAAAAUAUAUAUAAAAAAUAAAUAAUAAUAUUAAUAAUAAAAACUAAAAUGAGAAAAAUUAAAAUUAAAAGACACAUAACAUAAUCUAUGUUCUCUCUCUGUUUCUCACACGUCCAUACAGAAACAAGCCAGCCUUUCACAGCUUUACUUUCUCUCUCUACAACUUCUCUCUCUCUUCUCAUUUUCUCUCUCUUCUCUUCUCUCAGUGUCUGAAACUCGCCGCAUUAAUCUUGGGUCUGCCGACGGAAGAAGCCAUGGGUACUCAUAUCCGUGGCGACCAAAAGCUUGUCUUUUUCUCAUUCUUCUUCAUCACAUUCGCCGGAAUAUGCUUCUCAUUGCCGGAAAAUGUCAACCCCAGGUCAUUGUUCUCUUCCUCCAACGCUUCCACAUCAUCGGGUCAGAUCAACUCCAACUCGGUCCUGGUCGCUCUCCUAGACUCGCAUUACACUGAGCUCGCUGAGCUAGUUGAGAAGGCUUUGCUUCUCCAGACACUUGAGGAAGUCGUCGGCGCCGCCAACGUUACCAUUUUCGCUCCACGCAACGAAGCCCUCGAGCGAGGACUUGACCCGGAGUUCAAGCUCUUCUUGCUCGAACCUGGUAAUCUCAAAUCGCUUCAAAAGCUUAUCUUGUCUCACAUCGUACCGACCCGGAUCGGAUCCAACGAUUUACCCAAGAAACCCGACUCUGCUUACCACAGAACUCUUUCCCACGAACACAUCCACCUAGAAAAGCAAGAUUCCGGUGAGUGGACUGUGGAUCUCGCUCGUCUCACUCAUCCCGACUCGGUGACCCGACCCGAUGGUGUGAUCCACGGGAUCGAAAGGGUUUUGAUUCCUCGCUCAGUGGAAGACGAUUUCAACCGUCGACGUAGUCUACGAACGAUCACAGCCGUUAAACCAGAAGGGGCUCCAGUGGUUGACCCGAGAACAAACCGGUUGAAGAAACCAGCUCCACCUACCAAACCCGGUUCGGAACCGGCUCUACCGAUCUACAACGCAAUGGCUCCGGGUCCAUCUCUAGCUCCAGCCCCAGCACCCGGACCCGGUGGCCCUCACCACCAUUUCGAUGGGGAGAGUCAAGUCAAGGACUUUAUCCAAACCCUCCUUCAUUACGGCGGUUACAAUGAAAUGGCUGACAUUUUGGUUAACUUAACUUCGUUAGCCACCGAAAUGGGUCGAUUGGUUUCAGAGGGUUACGUACUGACUGUGCUGGCACCAAACGAUGAAGCCAUGGCUAAGCUUACUACUGACCAGCUCAGUGAGCCAGGAGCACCGGAGCAGAUAAUGUACUAUCACCUCAUACCGGAGUACCAAACUGAAGAGAGUAUGUACAACUCAGUUCGCCGGUUCGGGAAGGUGAAAUACGACACACUUCGAUUGCCACACAAGGUUUUGGCCCAAGAAGCUGAUGGGUCGGUUCGGUUCGGGCAUGGGGAGGGUUCGGCUUAUUUGUUCGACCCAGAUAUCUACACCGACGGUCGGAUUUCGGUUCAGGGAAUCGAUGGUGUUCUGUUCCCGCCUGAGGAGGUUGAGUCCAAACCCGUUUCCCAAACGGUUCAACCCGCCAAAAUUGUAGCCAAGCCCAAAAGAGGAAAAUUGCUAGAAGUAACAUGUCAAAUGCUUAGAGUCUUUGGAAAGGAUUCGCAAUACCCGACAUGCCACUAAAAGUUGCCCUAAAAUCCUCCGGUUGAUUGAUUCAAGAAAACAGGCUAAGAGUUCUUGGAAUUGCAAAGGAUGUAAAAAGACAUGGAAAAGAAAGGAAGCAUACUUGAAUGGACAGUAGCACUAUCCUUUUUUUUUUUGUUUUCAUUUUUCUUCUCUGUUUUGGGUUUUUUUUUUGGGUCUUUUGUAUUUUUUAUUCUUAUAAUUUUAUUUUUCUUUGGGUUUGGGUACUGGAAUAGAGAAGUAAAGCAACUCUAGCUCCAAAUAUAUUAUUAUUAUAAUUAAGUACAUAAGUGUAUGAUUAGCAGUUAUUAUUGUUACUCUCUUGAAGUUUUUAGGUGGUUUACUUUGUGGUGGUGGUGGGAUUUUAAGGUGUGUAAUCAAAAGGUUGGGGGCAGGGUGUCUUGCACGUUUUCGUCUGUGCCCACUUUCAAUAAAAUAUUUCAAACAGAAAAAAAAAACUGUGAAAGUGCAAUAAAACGAUUCUUUUCUGUAA